AUGGUUUAUUGCUCGGCGCUGAACUGUCAGAACGCCACCAGCGGGGUCUACAAGAACAGUACCGUUACCUUCUACGGCUUUCCUUUGCAAAACAAACCUCUCUUGAAGCAGUGGAUUCACAACAUGGGCCGGGACAUGGGAACGCCAUCCAAGCAUCAGCGGCUGUGUUCGAAGCAUUUUGAGGAGAGUGCUUUUGAAAUCGACCCCUUAAAAAUUAGAAAAAACAGACGUCUGCUGAAAGAAGCGGUUCCCAAGAAGUUCAUUUUGGGUGAAGACGGAAACUGGCUCGUUGGCACACCCCGAAGCUUCUGUGGUGGGAUCAGUAACAAAACUCGGAAACGAAUCCGGAGUCCUGAGCACUCGAGGAUUCUCCCCUUCCCAAAGGCAGUAGCCAGCCAAGAGCAGCGCUGCGUGUCAAGGGUCUGCAGGAGGCUGAGGAGAUCCCCGCAGGUCGUCGUAGCACAGCAAACUCACACCAGAAAGAGCCAGGUGUCGUCGUACAUAUGCACGGACUGCGGUAAAAGCUUUGGUCGCCAUGCGGACUUGGUUCGCCACCAGAGAACUCACACGGGGGAGAGGCCUUACAAGUGUACGGAGUGUGAAAAAAGUUUCGUGGAAAAGCCAAGGCUCACUAAUCACUUGCGAACUCACAACGUAUGCGUGUAA